GUGCGCAUUACCAAUAAAUUCUGUGAAUCUGGGUAACAGCCUUAGAAUAGCUAUCACCAAACACUUCAGUCGGAUGAGCUAUUCCAAACAAAAUGCCGAGACGAAUGAAUUCUUCUUGAAGUCGCGUGAAGUGUUAUUAGUAUUCAUCUCUUCGCGCGCGUUCGUCAUGGCGGGGCGGACCAGUUUUGAUUUACAACGGAAAUUCUUGGCGCCAGGAAAGUUCAUUGUCGAUGAGUAAAAGACCAGCAAGAAAAUAGGAUCUGUCGAAGCGGUCACUGGCUGUGAUAUCAAGCCGGAUAAACAAGGGUUUUCCUUAAUAAGUGCUCUUUAAAGAAAAUGUCAAAGAGCGGCGGCAACGUAACAUGGAAAGACCAGCUUGUUGGAUCGAUCGUGGUGAUCUUGUUCGCCUUUACUCUCGUCUUGAAUUUUCUAGCCCUUCAUUACACCUAUGUCAAAGUUCGCAAGCCCUCCCUGAAGAAAAUCCCGCAUCUUUUCGUUGGCGCGCUGUCAUUAGCUGGACUGGGCAUUGCCUGUUUUCAAUAUGUUCCAUUUAUAACGACGCGGUUUAAUGGCGAGUGGUCGCGAGAAGAUGGCGUUUGUCACUUUGUCGCGUUUGGUGUUCUGUUUUUCGGGACGCUAACAAUCUCUUUGGUAGUGAUGAUGAGUUUGGAGCGAUUAGGCGCCAUAGUCUUCCCUUUCUACUACAAGGAGAGUGUCACAUUUCAGAGAUGCGUAGUCCUCUUGGCCAUCGUUGUGGUGUACUCCUUCAUCCUUGCCAUUCUUCCGCAGGCGCUCAAUAAAGUUGAGCUCAACGUGUCCACCGGCGUUUGCAGUUACGCCGUCGAGUCGCACAACGUGGAUACGGGCAUCGUUGUGUAUGUCAUGUCCAUACAUUACGUCUUGUCUGUGAUAGUAAUGGUUCUUUCUAACAUUACCGUAGUAUACACCCUGCAUGUUCUAGAAAGAAAUUCACUUUCAGAUGUCUAUGAUCAAGACAACAAACCCGAGAAAGGAACUCGCGCUAAAGGCUCUGGUACCUCUGCCUGUGUUAGCUUCGCCAAAAUGGUUACUCUCAUGGCAGUGUGUUACUCAAUUUGUUGGACAACAAUAUUGAUGCGCAUUGUAAUUCUGUACGCUUACAACUGGCAUAACAUGUAUUUUGAUCAAGUGGUUCUUGUCCUGACCACACUGGAUCCUUUGAUAAAUCACUGUGUCUGCUUGUGGACCAUGAGGAAAUACCGCGAUGGGUAUGCUUCGUCGCUGGGCAAGGUUUUUUCUUGUUUAAAGCCCUCAGAGGAAGGCAUGUUCCGCUCCGCCAUCACUCGAAUCAGCUCCAUAUCGAGGCGCUCAUUCAGUCGGUCAUCUUCCUCUGCUAGGUCUUCAUCUAUGCGAACUUCAAGGAGGAAAUCUUCCGCUGCACAUACGUAUAAACAAGUAGCCCAAAAUAACGCGGGUGUUCCAGCACCUAUAGAAGCUCAAGUCUAUGCUGAAAUUCAGUCCGAUCCUAAGGAGCUUGUGGAACAAGGACACUCAGACGACCCUUAACGACGGGCCCAUCAUGCUAGAGGUGCAAAAAAAAAAAAAUAGAUGUGGCCUUCAUACAAAAAGAGGGGAUGCUUCUCACCCCUUCCCCCUGAAAAUGGCGCGUUCUUUUGGAACGAGAAUCGUGAUGAGGCGUGUCACAAAUAUACGAGGAUUCAUUUCUCAGAUACAGUGAUAAUCCCGAUACAACUACCAUGACGAUCUCGUUACGAUUAUAGUUGUUCAGUAUUUCUAAAAUGGAAUGUAGGAUAUAACCCUUCGUUAAAUGCCAUAGUACCCUUGGCCUCUUGCAUGCUAGCCCUGCAUUGAUCUGAUUCAAAGUGCGAAUCGAAUCCUCUCUUUUCUUUGUAUUUCAGCUACAAGAAUUGUGUAGACCAUUUGCGCAGAUUACUUACCUUUUUCAAUAUGAAUUUCACAUUGUGGAUUGCGAACAUCUGAAAAACUCAGUGUUCAGCAGAUCAGUGUCCAGCCCAAUCCAAAGCCGCGUUCAGUAAAAUAUUCUUUACUCUAGAUAUCCUUUGGGAGACGAAAGAGCACCUCGCAAUAGAGCUUAGUAUAAGAAAUAGUUCAUGGAAGUGAAAACAGUGGAAGUAAUAGAAUUAAGAGCAAUCAA